AUGAACACACUGAGCCCGCAGGGGUCGUCGCAUCCUGCAGGCGAUGGCUCCUCGUCCACCGUACCGCCGUAUCCUUCCAUGGCCCAGAAACCUCCUGUCGCCCCAGAUGGCACAGACCCGGCGGUGUUUGAUGGUUGUGUCCCUAGCCUUGCAAGCCCUCUUCGAGGGUUGCCUCCCCGUCCACCCUCGCAAGCAUCUCUGCCAAGCUCAACAUCACUGCACCAGACCUUAUCUGCGAGACAAGUGGUAUUCCACGACCAUACAUCGUCCAUACAGCCUCCAUUAUCGCCAACGAACCACAACUUUGUAUUCUCUCAACCACUCCUUGCCUCUGAAUCAUAUGUGCUAAACCCUCCCUCUUACCCUCAACUGCCUUUGAGUCAACCACAGCAUACGCCCCCGUUCUUGCUCGGCGUUUCUCAGGAUGACCCUACCGGGUAUAUUCCAUUCCCCCCCGAGAAAUUACACCAUCUCGGCAUCGCUCGUGAUGAGGGGUCGAGUCAGCGCGGAAAGCAACUUUCGCGGCCGGGGCAGACUCCUGUUGAGGACGACAGUGACAUGUCCGUUGACGAUCGUGAAGUCCCAGAAUUGUCCUUAGAACCCACCCGAGACGGAGGGAAUAUCGCAACCACCGUCCGGAAGAGAGGCCGUCCAAAGCUGCCACUGUCAGAUGGCCAACCUAGGAAGCGACGCAAGAAGGGAACAGGGCCUCGGGGUGGUUGGAGCAAAGGCAUGAAAAUUGGCCCUCGACCAGCCCUUGACCCAGGGCCGGAAUUCAAUAACCUCUACAGUCAAGCUACGAAUGCAUUCAUUGACGAUCGAGACACCGAGAAAGCCCUUGACCUCGUUUUGCAAGCUAUCGCAGUUAAUCCAGAAAUCUAUUCUGCUCAUGCGCUGCUCUCUGAGAUAUACUUCUCCCGAGACGAAGAUGAAAAGGCUAUCGCUGCACUUUUUAGCGGUGCUCACACCAUACCAACAGAUCCGGAAGUAUGGAUUCAAGCCGCCAAUGCGUGUCUUACAAGGUCAAAGGGAAACCGAGAGACUGCUUUGCAACAAGCCAAUUACUGCUAUGCUCGAAUUAUCCACACGGACAAGGAGCAUUUGGAAGCUCGCUUUCAACGAGCUGCGAUCAGCAGAGAGCUUUCAAACUACACAAAAGCCAUGAAAGACUUGGAGGCUAUUCUCGAACGUAUGCCUCGAAAUUCUAGCGUCUUGAGGCAGAUUGCGGAGAUAUGUAUUGAAACGAGGGAUCUGGAAAGGGCAAAACAAGUCUAUGAGGAUACGUUGAGUUACUACCGAGAGAAUGGGUUCGAGGGCGAAGAGUCUUUCACGUGGGCUGACAUCCUGGUCUAUGUGCAAAUCCUUGCUCUGGAGGAGCCUCUUGAUCUAGCUGUCAUGAACGCGCUGAAAACUUUGAAACAAUUGUCGAGGUGGCUUUUGGGACGAGAAGGAGAAGACUACUGGGAUCGCUUUACUGACGAUGACCGAGAAUUCGACUCAGAAGAUGAACCUCGACGAGUACUGGUGCAUGAAUUUGUGCCUGGCAAAUACCCACCAGAUGCCUAUGGCCCUGGACUUCCCUUGGAACUGAGAGUCAGACUAGGGAUACUUCGCCUGAGGCAAGGUCGAGAUAUGUUGGACGAGGCACUGGCACAUUUUGAAUGGCUUGAACCAGAUGCCAGGGAUCAAGGUGCCAGUGUCUAUGACUACCCAGAUUUGUUCCUCGAGGUUGCCCAAGCUCUGCAGGAAGCUAGAGAACACAACCAGGCACUGCGUUUCUAUGAAGCUCUAAAGGACACCAACGCAUAUUCUCAUACAGAAUUUUGGUUGGGGAUCGCAGCCAACUCUUAUAUCUGCAGCGACAAGCUCCAAGCAAUCGAGUGUUACGAGGAGGCCAAGGCCGGAGAUGAAAAAUGCGUUGAGGCACGGACUCAGCUUUCGAGGCUGUACGCCGAAUUUGGAGACAAAGAAAAGGCCAUGGAGAAUGCUCGGGAAGCAGUUCGUGUCGCCGACAGCUUACUCCCCAAGACUGACCGACGCAAAUAUGAGCGCAAAGAACAGCGUUUAGCUCGUGAGGAAGCAGAGAAAGCUCUCAAGGAAGCGUUUUACCUCCCUGGCGAAGCUGUCGGCGGUACCCCCAUUGACCGGAUCGAGAGCAAGCUCAGAAGGACGAAGAAGACAUACAGGACCCGCAGGACAGCGUUGAGGCGCCCGGAAGAGCUUGCCCAAAGAGAAGAAGAGGCAGAAGGGGAACUGGACGAUGAUUACGGGGAGACCCUAGACAAUCAAUCAGAUGAGGAAUUCCAACUUGGUCAAGCCGGGCACGGGACACUGGAUCGCGAAAUCGCCAGACAGACAGCCCAGAACGUGGCACGGAAUAGAAAGGAUCGGCAACCACCCCGUUCGCGAGCGCAAGCCAAAACGAGAACGAAACGAAUGACUGCAGAAGAAAGAGAAACUCACCGCACGGAAACUAUCAACAGACUCUACAACGACCUGGUCUACAACACACAAGCCAUGAGAUCUGGCGAUGAAAUUGCAAGGAAUACCUGGAUGGACUGUGCUGACUCCCUCAUCACGGAUUUCCGAAGCAACCGCUUGUUUUACUCGAAAGAGCGAAAUCAAUCCUUCGACGGCUUUUACCGGGCCGCUGCCAACGCCGGCUCGCGCCAGAGAUGGGAGAGAGAUCAAGAAAACGGCCAAGACGGCCUCGGAGUGGAUCAAGACUUUCCCAUCCCUACUGUGGAAUCGUCCAUGCCUACUGAAUACCGCGAAAUCGCCUUCUCAAACUGGCUGGACAUUUUUCUCGAGUAUGCUCUUCUCCUCGCCCAGUCUCCUGAGGUAGAUGCACAGCAUCGUUGCUACACUACUGUCAACGCUGCCUUGGACUGUGUGGUUUGGAACCAAGACCCGCGGGCUCUCCUGCACAUCUAUGUCACAUAUCUUGCCUGCACUCUUGCCUUACAGGAUGAGAGAACCCUUUCCACCGUGGUUUUGCGAUGGUUUCUACGAACAUUUCGAUUCAACUCCGAUGCCUAUCGUCUCUUCGCUGCCAUGAACUUGCUCUUCGCUCGUCCCGGUACGGUGUUUCGCAAUCGCGCCACCCAUCAAACUCUCUUCAAGCAGAUUGUGCAGAUGGAUGCAGAACUACCGAUGGACUAUGCACCAGAAGGCUAUGGAGCAGUACCGAACUUCAUGCGCCAAGGCGGGACGGAAAACAACUCCCGCAACAGAGACAACGAUGAAGAGACGCCUGUUCAUCGCCAGAAGGACGUGCAAGGCCAACAACAUCAGCACCAAGAUAUCACAAAAUCGAAGGAAAUGAAUGUGGACCUUCUAACGCUCUAUGGGCACGUCCUGUAUGCAGGUGGUGGGUUCGCCAGUGCCCUGUCGUACUUUUAUCGAGCGCUCUCUCUCAGUCCCCAAAACCCCGGUUUGCAGCUCAGUAUUUCACUGAGCUACAUGCAUGAGACCCUCAGAAAGAACUGCGAAAACCGUCACAUGUGUUUGUUGGAGGGCUGGGCAUUCUUCGAGGAGUAUGCCGAUGCAAGGAGGCGGUGGAUGCGUAAGCUGCUACAAGAUCAGCCGAACCGUACGGAUGAUGCAGAUAUGGCCAGAGGGGAUUCAGAGGACCGGAAUGAGCUGGAACUGGUGGUUGAGCGGGAGAUCGCGUUCAAUCGUGCAAGAUGCUGGCACAUGCUAGGCCUGUCGGAUCUGGCUGUGCGGGCAUAUGAGAAAAUGCUUUCGCUCCCGCUCCCUUCUUCUCCCCAUCUCUCGGCUCCUGCCCCUGCUGGAUUUGCAGUGAGCGGAAAGGAUGUGGACGCCAGCUCCGCGGACUUUACAAUGGAAGCAGCAUAUGCGAUUCAGACGAUGUAUGCUUUGAGCGGGAAUCCAGAGAUGGCCAGAGAAGUCACGGAGAAGUAUCUGGUGGUUUGA